AUGGAGCGAUUGGCGUUUCUAUCCCUAAAGCACAUGCUUCUUUUGCAGGUGCCUGUGUCAGUUUGCAGUGAGAAGUGUCCUCCAGGAACACGCAAAGUUCUGCAGAAAGGAAAGCCUGUUUGCUGCCAUGAUUGUAUAAGAUGUGCUGAUGGCGAAAUUAGCAACAUUACAGAUGCUGUCACCUGUGUGAAAUGCCCCCCUGAACUUUGGCCAAACAAGAGAAGAGAUGCCUGUUUAAAGAAGGAAGCAGUUUUUUUAUCAUAUGAUGAAAUUAUGGGAAUACUCCUCACUACCGCAGCUUUAUUUGGAACAUGUAUAACAGCUAUUGUGAUUUUAAUUUUUUUCAGAUACAGAAAAACUCCUCUCGUCAGAGCAAACAACUCUGAGCUGAGCUUUCUCCUUCUUUUGUCCUUGACCCUGUGCUUCCUUUGCUCUUUAACAUUUAUUGGGCAGCCUUCUAAGUGGUCCUGCAUGCUGCGUCACACAGCGUUCGGCAUCAUCUUUGUGCUCUGUCUCUCUUGUGUUCUGGGGAAAACAAUGGUAGUUUUAAUGGCAUUUAAAGCUACACUUCCUGGUCAAAAUAUGAUAAAAUGGUUUGGGCCUGCACAGCAGAGAUUAAGUGUUCUGGGUUUCACUCUUGUACAAGUUAUCAUUUGCAUCCUUUGGUUAGCGAAUUCUCCCCCUUUUCCACACAAAAACCUUGGAGAAUUUAAAGACAAAAUUAUCCUAGAAUGUGCUCUGGGCUCAGCUGUAGGUUUUUGGUCAGUGCUAGGGUACAUUGGACUUCUUGCUUUGUUGUGUUUUAUCUUUGCAUUUUUAGCCCGGAAGCUGCCUGAUAAUUUUAACGAAGCCAAAUUUAUCACCUUCAGCAUGCUGAUAUUCUGUGCCGUAUGGAUAACUUUUAUUCCGGCGUAUGUCAGUUCACCUGGAAAUUUAAACGUAGCUGUAGAAAUCUUUGCUAUCCUUGCUUCUACUUUUGGCCUGUUAAUUUGCAUUUUUAUUCCAAAAUGUUAUAUUAUGUUACUGAAACCACAGCAAAAUACAAAAAAGCACAUAAUGGGGAAAGUGCCACCUAAGUCCCUCUAA